AUGGUAAAGGACAAAGAACGCUCCGUCAACCCCGCGCAGGCCCAACGGCGGUUGGAGAAACAAAAAACGCUUAAGAAAGGCAAGGCGGAGGUCCAAGCUCGCCGCAAUGAGAAGCUUGCUCGUCGCAACCCUGACCGACUCCAGCGCCAAAUCAACGAUCUCAAGGCCAUCGAGGAAUCGGGGCAGCCUUUGAAACCGUCAGAGAAAAAACAUCUUGAAGAGCUUGAGAGGGAUCUCCGCGCCGUCAAGAAGGCCAGAGAAGCGCUUGGUGAUAGGGCCCCGACGUUUGGAAGAGGGGAAGCUAGACAGGGAGCGCAUGCCUCUGAUCGAGGCCGUGGCGGUGGUGUACUGGGGAAGAGAAGGAGGGAUGGCUAUGAGAAUAGCCGAUGGAGGCGUCAUAGUGGUGAGGAUGGCAAUGAAAGCAGCGACACGGACGAGAGCGUUCGACGCAUCCCCAUGCCAAAAGACACACCCCCACCUAUCCCGCGCCAGAAUGCAUCCCGACGCGGAAUCAAUGCAAAUACGGAACCGCUUGGCGAAGGUAGAGGGUGGGGAGAGAUGCAGCCGGCUUCUGCUGCCACUACACCUGCAGCUGCACAAGCUAAGCUUGAAGCUAAAACGGUUUACGAAGCGGCUCCAGUCAUCAAGGAUCUGCGGAAAGAAGCUGUGCGCAAAUUUAUCCCAACAGUUGUGCGGAGGAAAAUAGAGGCUGCUGAGGGUCAGUCUGGGAGACUGGUUGAGCCUGAGGAAAUGGAUCAGCUCGAGAAAGAAGGUUAUGUACCUGGUGCUCUCCACGGGCAACCUGCGUCAUCUGUCGAAGUUGGAAGUGUAACUGGAUCUCCCGCGAUGAAUGUUACAACGCCUCUAGAGGCGGACACUUCUAAAAUAAGGACCGUGCAGAUAGAAGACGUCGAUGAUGAAGAUCUCUAG